ACCUUGAAUUAGGCAUCACGAGAUGGAAGCAACCGGCAGUUCUCGUAAAGUUGAAGCAAGAAAUUUUUACUAAGAAUAAUGGAAAAGAAAAGAAAAGGACUGACAAGGGAUUUUCGCUUUUAAGUAAACUUUUCAUCUUGGUCCACCAACCGAUGAACGGGGGUCUCUUGACAAAUGGUGUCUGGCAUAUUAAUGUGACAUGUCCGAAGAAGUUCUUUUAA